UGUGUGUCCUGACAAAGGCUCCAUCCAGCCAUACUGCAGAGGGCUGCUUGUUACCAGAGACCCUCGGAGCUCCAAGACGCCCAGUCUCUCUGCCGCCGGCAGCACGGACACAGGAGCCCCUAACACGGACCCUCAUCCUGCUGCCCCCCCCCACCGCCGGCCCUCCUCCUGGAGCUCCACUUCACCUGGUUGGAUUAUUAAUGGACAGGAAUAACAGAGCUGAGUUUUAAAGUGGGAAAGUUUGGAUUACUGGGAGUUUAAAAAGAGACGCCUGAAAAGAGAAGAGAAGAGAGUCCUUCUCCGGACGACAGGUUUACUAAAAAAUCUAGUAAAUCUGCAAUUGUCAAUGAUAUUGCACAAAGUAUUGUUUUUUUCUGCAUUUUCCAGUGUUUCAAAAGGUUCUGGGAAAACGUUUCAGAAAAACUGAGUGAAUUUUAUUGGAGCUUUGCACCAAAUUUAUCGUCAAGCGUGAAAACAUCUGGUUGGAUUCCUUCACAUUUAAAAUCUGCGUCAUGGCUCGGUCUGUCGGCUUGUGGCUGUGUCUGUACCUGCCACUGCUCUUCACGGAUGCAAAGACUGUCGGGCAACAGGACAGUCAGCGUGAGACCCUUGACAAACCCUUUUCUCGUGUUAAACUCGAACCCGUUUUGACCAACAAGCAGGUCAAAGCUCGGGACGACACCUACAGCCCAGACCAAAGCCUCCCCCUCCCCGAGAUGCUGGAUUUAGAUGUGGAGCAGCGCCGCCGUCUGUCCCGUGGCUCUGAUGACGAGGAGCAACAGUCCACAUUCAGCCAGUCGUUUGAGAAUGACUCUGUGACGACGCCGCAGGCCACCGAGUUCAACAACGUGACAAAUGUAGCAGCGGAGGGGGAUGGUAAUGAUGUUGAUGAUGCAAAUCUCCAUGGAAACACCUCCAGCUCCGACGACACCCCGGGACUCUUCAACCCGUUCUACCCACUGGUCGAGAGCUCGUACGCAGCCUAUGCUGUCCUGUUCCUGGCGGGCCUGGUGCUGGCGGUGGGUGUGGUGGGAAACAUGGCGGUGAUGUGCAUCGUCUGGAACAACUACUACAUGAGGUCUGCCUGGAACUACCUGCUGGCCAGCAUGGCCUUCUGGGACUUCUUGGUGCUGGUGCUCUGCCUCCCCGUGGUUGUCGUAAACCAGCUCUCCCAUAGGAGGAUCCUGGGUGACAUCACCUGCCGCAUGGUGCCGUAUAUGGAGGUCGUGUCUCUGGGCAUCACCUCCUUCACCCUGUGCGCUCUGGGUAUCGACCGUUUCCACGCCGCCACCUCCUCGUCCCAGCCGAAGGCUCGGCGGGUGGAGCGCUGCCGCUCGGUGCUGCUGAAGCUGCUGCUGGUGUGGCUCGCCGCCCUGCUGCUGUCCAGCCCCGAGAUCUUCCUGUGGCAGCUCAGCCAGGCCGUGUCCCGCUCCAGUGGCCGGCUGGUGGACUCCUGCACCAUCACCCCCUCCUCGCCUCUGUCCCUCUACCUGCCUGACUCCCUCCACUCCCUGCUGCUCAGGUAUCACCAGGGUCGUAUGUGGUGGAGUUUCGGCUCCUACUUCUGCCUCCCCAUCCUCUUCACCAUCCUCUGCCAGAUGGCCACCCGCAACGUCAACAGCGACUACAGCUCCGCCAAAAAGCAGCGUGACCACGAAGACCGCUCGUCCAAUCAGAAGCGUCAGCAGCACCAGGCGGUAGAGCGGCAGCUAAACUGCACGCUGUUAGCUUUGGCCGUGGUGUACGGCAUCUGCGCUCUGCCUGAACACGUCUGCAACAUCACACUGGCCUACACGCACAUCACCAUCUCUGAUGACACGGCUGCCAUGCUGGCUCUGUUGCAUCACUUCCUGUUGUUCUUCAAGUCAUCGGUGACACCGGUGCUGCUGCUCUGUCUCUGUAAGGCUCUGGGUCAGGCCUUCAAGGACUGCUGCUGCUGCUGCUGUCAGGAGUGUCAGCCAAACACGACUCAAGGCUCGCCAGGCUCCGCCCAGGUCAAACUGAAAGCUGCCACUGAGACGUCCAUCCUUUUUGACAAGGCUAAAGACACGUCGGCCAUCUUGUCCAUCUCUAGUUAGAGCCAUGGAUCCCACUUUAACCACCAGUCCAACAUUUCCUCCUGCAUAAAUCAAUCAUCUCUUCUUCUCCUCCAUCCUAAAUGUUUGUUAACUGGUCCGUUUCCUUUCUCCUCCUUCAUGUUGGCUGUGAACCCUUCUUUCCAUCCUCAUUCUCAUCAUCAUCAUCUUUCUCUUUGUUCUCUCCACCUCUUCCACAGUACCUUUGUAUGAUAUUCUUCUAAAUGGACAGUGUUCCCCCCUCCAGCUUCCUCUCUUUGCAGGAAAUGAGAUUUAAUCUGUAGUGAGAUUAGAAAAGUUGCUGUACUUGCACAACCAGCUGUUGUAAAAGCAGGAGCCUGUUUCAGGACUCUCCCCAGAGGGACUCGUCCCUCCAGCUCCCUGCUGUCAUGUUUGUCAAGUGUGAUGGAGAAAACAACAGAUGCAGAAUUGACAGAAGAUCCUGGAUGUCCUUUGUUUGUUGCACCUAAGACGUAUGAUGCAAUGCUGAAGUUUAAAUGUGUUGUAUGGAGAAGUGGCGGCCUGAGUUAAGGCAGCAGUUUAUAUGCAAGUUAGCUCGUUGGAGAUCCUGCUGCGAUCUGAUGCUGCUUGAGCCACAAGUGGGUCAUUUGAAUCUAAUCAAACAGAAAAACUGAUGUUAAAAUACGGUGAUUUAUUACAGACAAAGGGAACACUGUUCUCAACUCAUGUUUAAGUCCCAAAAUUGGACAUUUUGAAAAAUAUGCUGACACAAUAUGCUCAUGUAAAAUUGUAUUGGCAUGAAUGUUGAAGUUACAGAGCACUCACACAGCCGCUGCAACAGAAACGCUGCUCGUUCACUCUGAAUGUGGUGAUGUCAUGCGUUGCCGAACUGCAUUGUGGUUCCGCUGCUUCCAUUUGCUGGUGUUGCAUGGCGGUAGAAGUUGAUAAAAGCUCAGCUUUUCAAGCAGCAGCGCAGGCACCGACCAAUCAAAUCAUGUCUAUGCCAGUACAGGUCUUGUCUGACAUCAAACAUCGAAAUGGAGUGAUUGAUUAUUGAGGUGGGACUCACUUUUGAUGUCCUUGGCAGGAAAUUGUGAUUGUUUGCGUUGCAUUGUUGAUGUUAUCACGAUCACGCCAGCACCCAACAUCAGACACACCCACUAGCAUGCGUUAAUGCAACGUGUACUUGUGAGUGCACCAUUACACUGUUGCCAAAGCUUUAUUACACAUUGAAAGAAUAGUAUAAAACGAUCAACUUUUAAUCAUCUGCUGACUUUCAGCAAAAACGUACCAACAAAAGAACUAUUGCUCAAAUGCCCUUGGUAAACAUUUCUUGGAGACACAGUUGCUGACAAUGCGGAAAAAAAUCCCCCUGGCUGAAUCAAACCUCAGUCAGAAAAGUUGUUUUUAAACUUAACUGGCUGAGCAGAUUGUGCAGUUGCAGCAUAUUUAAAUACUUGUGGCUUUUAUUUGUUUAAGACUCACUUACAGUGGUGUCGAAGGACCCAUGUUGGGCCAUGUUUUGAUCUCAUUGGGUUCCAGCAAAAAAUUUCCAUGAAAUUCAAAAAGUCAGACUUGAUGUCAGAAGCCAAAUAGAAUCAACUGAAAUUGGCAGCAGCUCUCGUGGCUCCCGCAAUAAGACUGACUGGAUUUCGGAGAGCCACGUGAUUUGGAGCUCAAUCUAACGACCUCUGCACAAAGUGAAAGAGGUGAGUCAAUUCUGUGACAGGAAGCAAAUAUGUCUGUUCCACGGUGAGAGAUUAUUAAAAGAUGAUCAACAGCCUCAAAGAAAGCUGAUCUCAUUCACCUUUCAGAUUUUUGAAUGAUCCCAUAAAUCAAACCGGUAAACUGACGCCGAAGACACUUGCUAAUGAGAAGUGCAGCCUCUAGUGGAGCUUCAGACCGAAUACGAAAGGUUGGUUCGACUUUGUACGCCUCGUAGAAAAGACUGAUAGACAUGAUAAGAAUAACAUUUAAGCUAGAAUUAUUCAACUACACUUCAGAUUAUUUCUGCCUCCAGAGCAGCUUUAGCUUCAGGAAAUGUUCCCACAUGUGGACGAGCAAACAACCACGAGAGCCAGGAUUCAAUCUCACUGGGAUCUUCGACAUGAAUGUGAGGAUAUAUCAUGGUGUUGUUAAAGGUUUUGAAAGAUAUUUUGUUUACUUUAGUUAUCUUCCUGCGAGGGAUGUAGUGCUUCAUUACACUUAAAGUCCAGUCAAUGUUUGUAAAGAUGCGGAAAGUGUUGAAGUAAACUGGGCAGGGAGGAGAUAUAAAGAGGAUUUGAACAGGAAUCGAACACCCUCAGCACUGAGGUGGUCUCUUUGUACAGGAAAUGAAACUGUGCAGGAUGUUGUGUAUUAAUAUGUGUUUAGCUUAUCAGUGCUUUCACUGUCAAACUCAAACAACUAGAACAAAUGAAGAAACUGAAAAUAUGAAUGUAGCCCAUUUUAAUGCUAGAUGUUUGACUAAUUACAUCUUUGUAUGAAGGGAAGUGAGAUAGUAAAAAAAAUGAUGUCACAAGAAA